AUGUCCACCAAGUAUGCGCUGGUAUCGCUGCCUCAAAGCGCCUUCGACAGCGACGAUGCCAUCUCCUCCCUGAGCGCUACGAUCACGCCGGACAACGGAACUGUCCUGCCCUUCAACAUUCCAGAGUUCAAGAUCGGGACGCUGGACCUGCUCGUGCAGCAAGCCGACGACCUGGCCAAGUUGGACUCGACGUGCCAAUCCGUCGUCGCCAAGGUGGCAGAUUCCCUGCGUACCGUGCUCAACAACGAUGAGGAUCGAAUGGCGUCUUACAAGAUGGUCAAUGACAAGCCAACGGAUCACUACCUGCGCAACUUUAGCUGGAACAAGAUGAGGUACCGAGCCGACAAACCCAUAGCCGAGCUCAUCAGCACUCUUCAGAAGGAGCUCAACACUGUGGACAAUGAUGUCAAGUCCAAGUUCAACCAGUACAACUCGGUCAAGACGAACCUUGCAGCUUUGCAAAGGAGACAGACUGGCAAUCUCGCAACGAGAUCCCUCACCCCCAUUGUCAAGCCAUCGCUUCUCGUCCAAGACUCCGAGUACCUCGAGACACACCUCAUUGCCGUGCCGACGAAUGCGAAGAAGGACUUCAUCAAGAGCUACGAAACGCUGUCGCCCAUGGUAGUGCCCCGAUCAUGUGUCGAAGUCGACCACGAUGACGAGUUUACGCUCUUUGCCGUUGUGACGUUUAAGAAGCACAGCGCCGAGUUCAUUCACAAGUGUCGAGAACAAAAGUGGACGCCGCGCCAGUACAAGUACGUCGAGGGCGGCCGGGAGGAAGAGCAGCGCGAGCUGGAUCGUGUGACCAACGAGGAGCGCAAGGUCUGCGGCGAGGCCCUGCGCAUGGGACGGACUGGAUGGAGCGAGAGUGUCAUGAUCUGGAUCCAUGUGCUCACCCUGCGCGUCUUUGUCGAGGCCGUGCUGCGAUACGGACUGCCGCUGGACUAUGCCACAGCUUUGAUCAAGACAACGUCGAAGCUGGCUCCUAAGGCAAAGGCAGCUCUCGACGCAAAGUAUUCAUAUCUCGGCGGCAAUGCGUUUGGAAGGGACAAGCACGGCAGGGUGACCAAAGACGACGCCGCGCUCAGCUCAGAGAUGGCCGCGGCAGGGCUGGGGACUGGCGAGGGACACGAGUACACGGCCUUUGUGUACUACGAGGCCGAAUUCCCCUGA